AUUAUUCUGGCCUUUCUCUUGUAGGUUUUUGACCAAACUUCUUACAGUAGAUUUACCUAGACUAUUUGUACGGCCAAACAAAAUUGUUUUGGAUUUUGAGAAGGGAAAAGCUGUUGGUCCCGUCACUGUUGGUCCUGUCGUUGAUGUUAUUAAAUCUGGAGAAAUGCAAGAAGGAAACAUGGAUUCUGUUGGUGAACUCUCCGUCACUCUUGUGGAUGCUCGAAAGCUUCCUUAUUUUUUUGGCAAGACAGAUCCAUAUGUUAUUCUUAGCCUUGGAGAUCAAACCAUACGCAGCAAAAAGAACAGUCAAACUACUGUCAUUGGCUGGCGCCCCUGGAAUGCCAAUUUGGAAUCAGGAUUUCCAUAUGCUUGUUUCCAACCCUAAAAAGCAGAAGUUAAGUAUCCAAGUUAAGGACGCUCUGGGAUUUGCAGAUUUGACCAUUGGUACUGGAGAGGUUGAUUUGGGAUCUCUUCAAGACACUGUACCAACAGACAGAAUUGUUGCUUUGCAAGGGGGUUGGGGUUUUUUACGAAAGGGCUUGUCUGGGGAGAUAUUGCUUAGGCUAACAUAUAAAGCAUAUGUGGAGGAUGAGGAAGAUGACAAGACUGAGGAGGAUUCCAUUGAUAUAGAUGUUUCAGACGAUGAGUUGUCUGAUACAGAAGAAGCAAAUGUCACUGAUAAGACGGGCGUAAGAGAAUCUGCGUACCCAACAGAUAAAGAAUCAUUUAUGGAUGUUUUGGCUGCAAUAAUUGUUAGCGAGGAAUUCCAAGGGAUAGUAGCAUCUGAAACAGGGUUUACCAAAGGUUUGGAUAAUGGCUCAAAUACAGGGUCUAAAGCAUCAAAAUCUCCUGUUGCCAAUGCGGAAUCAAUUCCUCCUAGUGCUGAUAAUUCUGAAGGUUCUUCUGGAGGGUCGGCCUUAUUUUGGCUUGCUGUGAUUACUAGCAUAGCAGUAUUAAUUGCUGUCAAUAUCAGUGGUUCAAGUAUCUUCAAUCCUUAAGAUGGUGUUCUGCUGCAUGCAAUCUUCAUCUUGGUUCAGCUAAACUUCUCUCCAUGCGUGGAUAACUAAUGGAGAGUGUCAUGAAAUGUAAUGAGAUAAAGCAGAUUGAAAUGGAAUGGAAAGAAUAAGUCUUGUUUCAUUCCAUAUCCACCAAAUUGGCGAGCAAAAAAAAAAGUGGAGUAUUGGAUGUAAUGAAAUGGAAUGCAUUCCAUCAUAUUCCAAUUCAUUCUGUCUUAUUUUAAACAAUCCCAAGGGUGGAACAUAUCAUUGUUAUUAUCGGUUCCCCGAUCCAAUCAUAGCAAAAUAAAAUCUUGUACUCUCAAACACAUCGUAAAUACUCAGUGGAUGUACGCCUUAAGAAAUAACGUCAGUUUUUGUUACAA